CUGGGUUGCGCCUUUUCAAAUCAGUCUACAACAAUUUGCAGUGGAUGAAACAAGAAAGUUUGAUGCAAAGUUGGGAUUUGGCAUUGCGCUUUCAACUCGACGAGCAUCCUGUGUUUGCGCAAAGAAGUUUGGCUUUUCAACUUGUCGGACUGGAGUUAACUUGUGCUGGGUUGCGCAAUGAUGGCCACUUACCAAAGUCCGGAGGAGGACCAAAUGGCCUUAAUGAUCCAUGACACCAACACGACCAAUGAGAAGGAGCGGCCCAAAGAGGAGCCGGACCAGGACAAAGCGGCAGAGAAGCCGGAUCCGUCCCAGAAACCACCGUACUCCUACGUCGCUCUCAUUGCCAUGGCCAUCCGGGAGAGCGCAGAGAAGCGCCUCACUCUGUCCGGUAUAUACCAGUACAUUAUCAGCAAGUUCCCCUUCUAUGAGAAGAACAAGAAAGGCUGGCAGAACAGCAUCAGGCACAACUUGAGUCUCAAUGAAUGCUUCAUCAAGGUUCCGCGUGAGGGAGGCGGCGAGAGGAAGGGGAACUACUGGACCCUGGACCCAGCCUGUGAGGACAUGUUCGAGAAGGGGAACUACAGGAGACGGCGCAGGAUGAAGCGGCCUUUCAGACCCCCGCCAGCGCACUUCCAGCCUGGAAAGGCCUUGUUCGGAGGGGACGGCUACGGCUACCUGACCCCACCCAAGUACCUGCAGUCUAGCUUCAUGAACAACUCCUGGUCGUUAGGCCAGCCGCCCACCCCGAUGUCCUACACGUCCUGUCAGAUGGCCGGCGGCAACGUGAGUCCGGUGAACGUGAAGGGAUUGACGGCCCCGUCAUCCUACAACCCCUACUCCCGGGUGCAGAGCAUGACGCUGCCCAGCAUGGUAAACUCUUACAACGGCAUGAGCCACCACCACCACCACCACCCCCACCACGCGCAGCAGCUGAGCCCGGCCACGGCGGCACCUCCUCCGGUGUCCUCCAGCAACGGAGCCGGACUGCAGUUCGCCUGCUCCCGCCAGCCCGCGGAGCUCUCCAUGAUGCACUGCUCUUACUGGGAACAUGAGACCAAACACUCGGCGUUACACACGAGGAUUGAUAUUUAAACUGUGUACAAAUGAAGACUCUGAGAGUUGAUUCCUGUGAUUUCAAAACAGAGCCAACAGUAUUUUUUAAAGAGAUCGUUCUGAUGAGCUGUUUGGGUCCAGCUGAUGGGAAAGCCGAUGGAGAAAUAUGAGCUCUUACUGAGGGAGACCAUUUCACAAAAUGGAAGUGAUCAGCGUACAUCAGGUAGCACAACCAUCGGACUGAUGGCCAUAACUCUGUUCUGUUCAGCGUGACAUAAAAAAAACAUGCUUUUGUUGCGGACAUGCAGACACAACUUUUUGGUAUGCGUAAAUGGGCCUUUUACUUUUACGCACGGCUUCACUUAGAGUGUUCCCCGGUGAGAUAAGGGUAUAAGAUGCCCUAUUUAAACCAGUGCUUGAAUUUGUAAUUAGACCGGGGUUCGUUUGACCUAAAAUAACCUGCACAGAGCAUGGCCUGCACAGUCAGUCUUAGUCGGAAGAGGUUGUUGGCUUUAGAAGGUUUUGGGAAAAGCUCCAUCAGACAUUCAAAAAAAUACAAUUCAGGGCUUUUUAAAUCUCUUCAUUACAUAUGUUUGUAAAGAUGUAAAUUCUAGUAUGACGCCAGUCAGUGCCAGGUUCUGUUAAUCUUUCUAAUUAUUAUAACUUUUUUUUUAAAUAAAUGUGAUUAGAUAUUUCUCAUUCAUGCUUGGGCCAUGUUACAUGUUAAUUGGCACUUUGCCCUGUUUUUUUUUGUUUUUUUUGUUUUUUUCUAGGUUUGUGAAUUUCUUAAUAAACUUGCAUUUCUUAAAAUAACA